AUGGCUAUGGCUAUGGCUAUGGCUAUGGCUAUGGCUAUGGCUAUGGCUAUGGCUAUGGCUAUGGCUAUGGCUAUGGCUAUGGCUAUGGCUAUGGCUAUGGCUAUGGCUAUGGCUAUGGCUAUGGCUAUGGCUAUGGCUAUGGCUAUGGCUAUGGCUAUGGCUAUGGCUAAUUACACUGAUGGCAAAGUAAUUUUUAAAAUGUAAUGUUUCAGAUUGCAUGCAAGUACACUAAGCACUGGCCAGGGCACAAACAAGUCUGUGAAAAGCUUGGUCCAGAUGCCAUCGAAACAUUGUAUGCAAUUAUUUCUAGUGUCGACAAUGGAAUCAAGCCUGA